GAAAGACGCCAUUUUUUUUCAGACGACCCAAACAAAGUGAAACAAAGUUGCUAUUUAUUAUUUUAAAAAAAAAAAAUUUAUUUUCCCACAAUUAUUAUUAUUAUUAUUUAAAAUUAUUAAUAUUAUUACAGAGGAGAGAGAAAAUCAGAAAAUUUGAGGAGAGAGAAAAAAGCUUGGAGCUCGAGGUAGAAGGCGUUAAUGGCGGCGACGGAGGAGCAAAAAUCUGGUGUGCGCAAGCACAGCGAAGAAAGCGUGAAGUUGUUCGUAGGUCAAGUACCAAAGCAUAUGACUGAACCUCAACUUCUUGCUAUGUUCAAUGAGUUUGCACUCGUCGACGAGGUCAACAUUAUCAAAGACAAAGCUACUAAAGCUUCUAGAGGGUGUUGUUUUGUGAUUUGUCCGUCUAGAGAAGAAGCUGAUAAAGCGGUUAAUGGUUGUCAUAAUAAGAAGACGCUUCCUGGAGCAUCUAGUCCCUUGCAAGUGAAGUAUGCAGAUGGCGAAUUGGAGAGACUAGAGCAUAAACUUUUUGUUGGCAUGCUUCCGAAGAAUGUCUCAGAAGCUGAGGUUUCUGCUUUAUUUUCACAAUACGGGACGAUAAAAGAAUUGCAAAUUUUAAGGGGAUCUCAGCAAACAAGCAAAGGCUGUGCAUUUCUGAAGUAUGAGACUAAGGAGCAGGCUCUUGCAGCCAUGGAUGCUAUAAAUGGAAAGCAUAAAAUGGAGGGCUCAAAUGUUCCCUUAGUUGUCAAAUGGGCUGAUACUGAGAAAGAAAGGCAAGCUCGAAGGACUCAGAAGGCCCAGUCAAGAGUGUCAAAUGUAGCAAAUAUUGAUCCAUCACAGCACUCUUCAUUAUUUGGAGCCAUGCCAAUGGGUUAUGGUCCCCCAUAUAAUGGAUAUGGUUAUCAGGCUCCUGGUGGGUACGGCCUUAUGCCAUAUCGCUUGCCCCCGAUGCAAAAUCAAUUCCACAACAUGGUUCCUCCGGUAAAUCAAGGAAAUGCUUUACGUGGUGUAAGACCUGAUCUUUCUCCCGGGGUAGCACCAAGAAGUUACGUUGGAUCUGGUUAUCCUGCAGUUCCGAAUCUUCAGUAUCCUGUGGCAUAUUCUGGAGGGAUGGUGAAUCACAGACCUGUUAACAAUUCUCCUGGAUCCAUGCCAUCUAGUGUUGCAAACAGUCCCUCAGGAACGUCUCCUGGUGCAGGUUCAAGUUCUGGAAGUCAGGUUGAAGGACCACCUGGUGCUAAUUUGUUUAUAUACCACAUUCCUCAAGAAUUUGGUGAUCAAGAAUUGGCAAAUGCUUUUCAGCCAUUUGGAAGGGUCUUGAGUGCUAAGGUUUUUGUUGAUAAAGCUACUGGCCUCAGCAAAUGUUUUGGGUUUGUCAGUUAUGACUCACAAGCAGCUGCACAAUCUGCAAUUAGUAUGAUGAAUGGCUUUCAGUUAGGUGGUAAGAAGUUGAAGGUUCAGCUAAAACGAGAUAACAAACAGAACAAUCAAUAUUAAAUUGGUGGUAGAUCAUGCAUUCGAGAACUGUUGUCCACGAAGUCUCCAUUCAGGCAAGAGAUGUGGGUGGUAUGGAGAAAUCUGGUUCCAGCUUGUACUACACCCUAAUUGAAAGUCCAUUGGGAUGUAAAUCUCAGAACCUUGUACCUGUUGGUGCCAAGACGACCAAUUUACUUGUACUUUAUGUAUCAUGAAAUUCAUUUGGAUGUUUGAUUCUUAAUUUAUUGAUUCUUCCUUGAACAACUCCUGCAGCUAUGACUCUGUAUAUGUCUGCAAAAGGGAAAGAAAAAAAAAAGGGUCAUUUCUUCAUUAUUUA